GGCCCGCCCAAGCUUUAGAGAAAGAGAGUCAGAAGUCGCCCAGCAUCUUGCCCACCCCUCGCUCGCAUUACGUAUUAGAGUACAGAGUAAGUACUGAGGCAAAGAGACAGAGAGGGACGACGAGCUCUCGCCAGGAACCUCAAGUCCCUGGUCCAAGUACCCGCCGCCUUUUUUCUUCUUCUUUUUUUCACCCUUCACGACCUCAAUCCCAACUUCCCUCUUCCCCUCUCUCUCCAAUUGACGAACCGCAAAGGUACCAGACGGACAGAGCAGAGUACAAUCAUCAAUUGCGCCUGCGUCCCUCAUUAGCUUCUCGACUUACGCGCUCAAGGGCGGCGGCAACGAGUCCGGUCUUCGAAGGGAGGAUAACUACUACCGAACGACAGAGACAGACACGCCACCUCCCACAUUACACAAAUCGUCUUCGCAGCCAAGAUGAGUAGCUCGGCCUCGCCCCUCGCGAGGAAUCUCCAGCGCAGCACGCGCAACCUCUCGACAUGCCGUUUCGGUCUUACACGGGCGGCGAAGGCCGGCCUCUCCACCGUCGCGAGAGCAAGCAUCACAACCACCACUAGAGCUGCUGCGAGCAGGCUACCGUCGACACGGAGGGACGCUCCUGCCGUCACGGCCUUCAGGCCGCUGGGCGCGCGCACAUUCACAACGAGCAGGACACAGCAGAGCGACGAGGACGAGAAGUUCGACCCGGCAACCAUUGAGCGUGAAUCCGACGAAGUUGAUGUUGUCAUUGUGGGCGGCGGCCCCGCCGGACUCAGCGCUGCGAUCCGGCUAAAACAGCUCGCCAACGAGGCCGGCAAUGAAGAAUUCCGCGUCCUCCUCCUCGAAAAAGCAGGUGAGAUGGGCGCCCAUAUCCUCUCGGGCGCCGUCAUCCAGCCCACCGCCAUCGACGAGCUGAUUCCGGACUGGCUCUCCGAGGAUAACCCGGACCGCUUCGAGUACGCCACCCCGGCCGGCGGCGACCGCAUGCGCUUCCUCACAAAGACAUCGUCAAUUCCGCUGCCGACUCCGCCGCAGAUGCACAACGAGGGCAACUACAUUGUUUCGCUGAACCAGUUCACCAAGUGGCUUGGCGACCGUGCCGAAGAGCUCGGCGUCGAGGUGUACCCGGGGUUCGCCGCCUCCGAGGUGCUCUAUAACGAGGUCGACGGCAGCGUUAAGGGUGUCGCGACCAACGACCUCGGCGUAGGCCGCGACGGCAAACCCAAGGAGACGUUCGAGCGCGGCAUGGCGUUCCACGCGCGCUGCACGCUCUUCGCAGAGGGGUGUCACGGCAGCUUGAGCAAGCAGGUCAUCAAGAAGUUCGAUCUGCGCCGUGACAGCCAGCACCAGACAUACGCGCUCGGCAUCAAGGAGGUCUGGGAGGUGCAGCCCGAAAAGUUCCAAAAGGGCUCUAUCACGCAUUCGAUGGGCUACCCACUCUCAAAAGAUCUCUACGGUGGCGGCUGGAUGUACCACUUCGGCGACAACCUCGUCAGCAUCGGCUUAGUCGUCGCCCUCGACUAUGAGAACCCCUGGGUCUCGCCUUACGGCGAGUUCCAGAAGAUGAAGCACCACCCGAUGUACAAGGAGGUCAUCGAGGGCGGCAAGUGCCUGACGUACGGCGCGCGCGCCCUUAUUGAGGGAGGAUUCCAGUCGAUACCGAAAUGCGCGUUUCCUGGUGGUGCCCUCAUCGGUGACUCGGCCGGCUUCGUGAACCUGCCCAAGAUCAAGGGCACCCACAACGCCAUGAAGUCGGGCAUGCUCGCCGCCGAGGCCGCCUUCACGGCGCUGUCGUCCGAGACCGUCGGCGAGGGCGAGGAGCGGGGCACCGUGUUCCUGUACGACUACGAGGACAAGCUCCGCGAGUCGCCCAUCUGGAAGGAGCUGAAGGAGGUGCGCAACUUCCGCCCUUCCUUCCACACGCCGCUGGGCCUGUACGGUGGCAUUGCCUACUCCGGGCUCGAGGCGUACGUCCUCAAGGGCCGUGUCCCGUGGACGCUGAAGCACAAGACUCCGGACCAUGCAGCCACGAAAUCGGCCGACAAGUACCCCAAGAUCGAGUACGAAAAGCCGGACGGCAAGAUCUCGUUCGACAUCCUCACGAGCGUUAGCCGCACGGGCACGAACCACGAGGAGGACCAGCCGGUGCACCUGCAGGUCAAGGACUGGGAGAAGCACGCGGCCGAGACGUGGCCCAAGUUCAAGGGCGUCGAGAACCGAUUUUGCCCGGCGGGCGUGUACGAGUAUGUCGAGGACGACACCAAGGAGCUCGGUGUGCGAUUCCAGAUCAACGCGCAAAACUGCAUCCAUUGCAAAACGUGCGACAUCAAGGCGCCGCACCAGGAUAUCAACUGGCAGGUGCCCCAGGGCGGCGAGGGUCCCAAGUACUACAUGUCUUGAGAUGGAGGAAUCUCAACUCCGUCAAGGUCAUGGAAGAACCACACUUUUCGGGGAGGCUGGCGCUUGGGGGAAUAUCCAUUUGUUUGUUUUCGUCUGUUUGCUAUCAACAUGGAGGCGCGUAUCACAUCGGACAGAAUGGGGAAAAGAAGAAGAAAAGGAACCAUGCGACGUCUGUACAGUAUGCCAGAAGAGGAGGGCGAGAGGAGAGUUAAUGGCAUAGGACAAACAGAGGAGACAAGAAUAGGACAUGUGCUUAGAACAUCUGGGGGCCCGCAAUGUCCCAACCGUAUCCUCCUCUCCAAGUUCAUGGGGCCCAGCACGUGUACUUUGUGCGUAUGGAAGGCGCAAAGGAGAAUUAAAGCAGGUUGUUUGAGACACUGAGCGUAAUUUCCGGGCAGUGCAAAAUUGUGAGCCAAAAGAAAAUGGAGGGUGGUGGUUGGUGGCCAAAUGUACGCAGCGAUCCCCUUCCUUUCAGGGGGAAGACACACAACGAUUCUGUCAGUGGCAUAUCAGACGAAGAAAGGGAAGAAACGGCCCCGCCACUUUCUCAACUUCGUGUGUGCAUGAGCGGAAGAGUUCUGGAAAACGGUCGAAGUCAAGGGGUCCCAACUCCGGCGACGUCGUUCGGCUUGUGAUGGAUGGAUGGAUGGAUGGAUGGAUGGAUGGAUGGAUGGAUGGAUGGA